CAAAGCGGAACCUUUGAUCAGUGACACGGAUAUUUUAUUGUGGCGGACCAACAUGGCCGCUCUCAGUAGAGGAGUAGCUUAUCUCCGUUUCGUGAGGAGUUCUGCUCGUUUCCUGUUCAGCGGCAGAAAACCGUCCGUCAACAAUAAACUGGGAAGAUGGAAAAAUAUCACAGGAAUAGUGUCUGUAGCCGUGGGCAGUGGCCUGUGUGCUGUGCCUUUCAAACAGGUGGACAACCUUUCUCAUGACUCCCUGGUCAAACGAGCAGCCUCUCUGGUAACAGACAGCUCAACCACUUUCCUUUCUCAGACCACCUUGGCUUUUGUAGAUGCCAUCACUGAGUAUUCAAAAGCUGUUCACACACUCGUUGCCCUACACAGACAAUAUCUGGACUCUUUGGGAAAACUGACUCCAGCGCAGGAGGAUUCAAUCUGGCAGGUGAUCAUUGGUCAGCGUGUACAGGUCGGCGACAGACAUGAUGAAUGCAAGCGUUUCGAGUUAACCUGGGUCAGCGCGGUGAGGCUGUGUGAAACAGCAGCCGAGGCAGCGUACGCAUCAGGAGCCGAGCAUUUAUCCAUCGCGAUGCGGACAAACAUAGAUCUGGCCCAGUCGCAGGUGGAGGAGACGCGGAAAAUCUCACUGGAUGCAGAUAAGAAGCUGGCUGAGACUAAAGUGAUGGAGGUAGAGAGGAUGGCACAAUACGCCGCCUCCUUGGAGGGUAGCAACGACGAGGAAGAAGUGCCUGAUGCUUAUCUAAGAGAAGACUGAGACAAAUGCACCCGAGUAUCUGAUAACACUCAGGACGUGCACGUGUGCACUAAUGUUCCACUUCUGUUUCCAAAAACACAAUCUUCCAAACUUAAUUUGGAUCUUUUAAACAAAACAAUCUGGAGAUUUUAAAUGAGGUCUUUUACUGAGUGUAGCACUUUCUAAUUAAGACAUUCGAGAUACGCGGAUCAUAAUCAGGUCUUAGGAGCGUUCUUUGAACAGCACAUUCAGAACAUCUUCAAUUUGCAACACAUGGCAUCUUGCAUACUUCCAAUUAGCUCGGCAUGUUGUACACAAACCAAACAUUUGCACAGCUGGUAGAAAGGCCCAAAAGAAAAGCUCCCAUUUCUAGUCAGGAGGUUAGAAGUUUAAAAGACUUUGAUAUCAUCAAGUUUUCUUCUUUAUAUGCACAAAUAUCUCAAAGCUUUUUCGGAAGGAAUGAAAGAGAUGAAAGAGUUUCUUCCAGCAGUGACAAACUAAGGAAUAAAAACAUGUUGCUCAUGAACAGGAGUAUUAGUGAAGUAUUUGCUUUCAUUAGUCAUUUAAACAGCUUAGAAGGAAAAUUUUCUUUUUGAGGAUAAGUGCAAAAAAUAAGAAUGUUUUUUUGGACAUAACACAAAACAUUCUUUUUUUUUUUUGAGUCUGUAAGGUGGUGGUUUAAAUUUAAACUCUUAACAUCGGUUCAUAAGAUGCAGUGCUGAAAAGCACUGCAAACAUCUAUGUGUUAGUUAGAUAAUUGUGAUUAUGUGUUUGCUCGUAUGCGUGUAUUUAUUUGGUUAUGAGCAGAUUGUGCUGCCUCUCCACUGUGUUUUAUACUUUAUUCACAGGUUUUGGAAUAAAGACGAGACACAGUAUAAAGUGUUUUGUGGGAUUUUGUUUUUGCUGUAAAGUCAGAUUUGUCCUUUACUUUAUAACAUUCUUGGUUACUUUAGGAGACUAGUGGAUUAGAUCCACUGUAAAACAUUUAACGUGUUCUAAAAAUAAAAAAGGAAGGAAACCAAGGCGUCCACUUCAAAUCGUUACCAAAGGAUGAAGGAGUUGUUUUAACCAGCAGUUUGUUCUGACUUAGUUGUUAGUGGGAACUUAUUUUCAGUAUGAAAUGUGUCUUUGCCAACUAUGUCAAUAAAGUCUCUCCACACCAGA